AUGCAGCUCACCACUAUCCUCACCACCGCCCUAGCCUGCGCCAGCAGCGCCACGGCCGCACUCAACUGGUCCCUCGAAAAGGCAUCCAACCCGACGACGGACCAGGCGGACGCCUACAGCAAGAUCGAGUCGGCGAUGCGCGACGCCGUGGCGCGCUACCACCGCAGCAGCCCCAACGCGUCCAAGACGAUCCGGGUGUACUACGCGCCGGGCGUCCCCACCGCCGAGGCGUCGUUCAACGGCGACCUGCGGUUCGGCAGCAACCGGGCCUACAUGAACACGCGAACGGCCAUGCACGAGAUCUCUCACACGCUCGGCGUCGGCACCACAAACGCCUUCAAUAACAUGUGCAGCAGCGGCAACUGGCCCAAGGCCCUUCCCUUGCUCAGGAGCUUCGACGGGCAGAGCGCCGUCAUCAACUGCGGCGGGAGCCACUUUUGGCCCUACGGGCUCAACUACGACAAUGAGUGGAGCGAGACCAACGCCGAGAGGCAUGUGCGCAUGGUCGACGCCAUGAUCCAGGAUGGUAUUGGCCGGGGUUGA